AAUUUCAGUUAAAUAUGAAGGAAAAGCAGUACAAGAAAAUCAUGCAAAAACAAAGCAGUACCUGAUUUUUGUAUUACCCAAACGCCAAAUCUAAAUAAAUAAAUACAAGAACUUUAAAUGAUCAUCCUUGGAUUUUAAAGCAUUCAUUGGGGGAUGGCAGGUACUGUAGGUAGCAAACAGGGAUGAGAAAUAGGGGAGACCGGGUAUGGUUGUGUCACGUCCACGGGGGCGGGUCAGUGCAGCAGCGGGCAAUCACCACCUAAUUAAUGACUAAUACGGAAGCGAUUCCCCGAAAUCGCGAAGUAUUGUUGCCAUAUGCCUGUCGCAAACUGAGCAUUUCUUUGUCUAUUGUCUCUCCCACAGAGAACCAGAGGCUGCAGUAGCAGGUUGACCAGCUAAUCACCCUCGUCUCUCAGCUUAUGGAGGGACAGGCUGUCCAGGCUAACCUACCUGCUUCCCCACCCAGGGCGUCCGCUUUCGUGCCUGUUGCAAUGCCUGAAAAGUAUGACGGCAACCCAGAUCAUUGUCAGGCUUUCCUCAUGCAGUGCGGGCUGUUUAUUGAGGAACACCCUGAGCACUUUACUGAUGAGACUGCCCGAGUUCGCUUUGUCAGCUCGCUCCUCACAGGACGCUCACGCGAUUGGGCUACAGCCCUGUGGAUGGAUGACAGCCCGCUCCUAGAUUCAGCACGCGAGUUUCAACAGGCAUUUAAGGGGAUUUUCAAUCAUCCCACCAUCGGACACAGCCUGGGGAAGAGAUUGUCCAACCUCAAACAGGGAGCCCGACCCCUCGCGGAAUUUGCGCUAGAAUUCCGCACCAUAUCAGCAGGGCUUCGCAGGCCAGAGGAGGUUCUGAGGAUUCUCUACCGACGCACUCUCAACCCGGAAAUACAAGACGAGCUGAUGUCCCGCGGCGCCACCUUGUGUUUUGAGGACUACAUUCGGUUCUCUCUGUCACCAUUGACAACAGUGUCUGGGAGCGCCGUCGCAGACGUCCCCCCGAGACGAUCCCCCCUUUGCCAUCAACAGCCCCAGAGGAACAUGCGGAGCACGUGCAGCUCGGACAUGCUCCGCUCUCCACCACGGAAAGACGCAGAUGCACCACCUAGGGAUUGUGCCUAUAUUGCGGGGAAGCAGGACACCUCCUAUGUUCCUGCCCUGUUUGCCCACACCGUCCUGAAGCCCAGACAAAGCCCUGCCUGUCUCGCCCUGUCGUCUCGCCUGCCCUGCCUACCCGGUCUACUCUCGUCGUUACUCCCAUCCCUUCGUCUCCACGUCCCGUCUCUACCCAUAGGAUUGACCUUCCUGGCUCCAGACCCACCGUGACCGACACGACUUUUGGAUUUUCCCUCAGGACUCUGGUGUACCUGGUUUCCUUAUUAAAGUGUUCUCCUGCAUUUCGGGGUCUGCUUCUUCCCUGGGGAGAGUUGUAACACCACCAAUUCCACCAAUAAGGGAUAGGAUGAGAGUCAUGUAAUCAUUUCAGUGUUUACCCACUUCCACUCUAAACCUACAUGGUGGAUAUCAAGGCUGGAAACAGGUACAUGCCGAUCCUAUUAAUAAAAAAACAUAUUUUGAGGUAAAGUAAUUUUUUUUGACCAAGAUUAUAUUUUGUUUAGUAUUUAUACUAUUGCAGAUAAAAUCAUAUGACUUAAGAUUUAAUUGUAGUUUCUCAGGUAUGCUGUAAUGUAUUUUUCCCCUGCUAAUUUCAAAUCACUAUCCUACUACAGCUAGUUGAACAACAGCUAAGAGGGAUGGGGAGGGUUGUAACACAUCUUUAAUAAGUGUUACAACCAUCCCCUUACAUACAACUAAGGACACUUUCUUUGAUUUGAAUAAUUUUGCAGAAUGCCUAGACAUUGGAAAAGAGACUGAAAGAGGUGUGUCUGCCAGUGUUUUUAAAAAAAGCAUCUGAUGAGGUCACAAGGAAGGGCAAGUCAGUCAGGUCAGUUGCAAAGGCACAUGGGUUCUGCCACGUAACACUGAGCAGAUACUGCAAAUCACUGCAGAAGCUGAGACCAGGGGUCCAGUGAUCUUCCCAGUGUAGGUUACCACAGCAGCAACAAAGUUUUCUCUGAGGUGCAGGAGACGGUGCUGGUAGAAUAUUUGACUCACGUGGCAGACCUGUAUUAUGGCCUGACAGUU